UUUUCUCUUCGGUUACUUGUAGGUUAAAUUCGUCGGCCUUUUGUUUCCCCCACGUAAAAAGCCUCGUCCGGACCCACCGGGACAGCGCCCUGCGGAGCUCAGCAUGGGCACCGUCCACGCCAGGAGCCUGGACCCUCUGCCCAUGCGAGGGCCCGAGCUCGGAGUUCAACCUGACGACAUCGAGGCUCCGGAGAUCGAGCACGAGCUGAAGCAAGAAGUUCUCGAGAACAAGAAUGUCGUGGUUCAACGGGUCCACAUAGACGGGCUCGGAAGAACCAAGGACGACAUGCUGACUUAUGAAAUCGCGGAAGUUUUCCGGGCAAAGAACUUGAUUGACGUGAUGCGGAGGUCCCACGAAGCCCGACAGAAGCUGCUGGGUCUCGGCAUCUUCAGGAAAGUGGAAGUUGUUAUCGACACUUCCCGAGGCGAGCACGCUCUUCCCAACGGCCUCGACGUGACCUUCGAGGUCACCGAGCUGAGGCGGAUGACGGGCAGCUACAACACCAUGGUGGGAAACAACGAGGGGAGCAUGGUCCUGGGCCUGAAGUUGCCCAAUGUAUUAGGUCGGGGGGAGAAAAUGACUUUCCAGUUCUCCUACGGCACCAAAGAAACCUCCUACGGCCUUUCUUUCUUCAAACCCCAGCCAGGAAACUUUGAACGGAAUAUCUUGCUCAACGUGUACAAAGUGACGGGUCAGUUUCCAUGGAGUUCUCUCAGGGAGACGGACCGAGGCGUCUCCGGAGAACUGAGCUUCCCCGUGUGGAAGACCACCCAAAUCCUGAAGUGGGAGGGCGUGUGGCGGGAGCUGGGCUGUCUGGCCCGCACCGCCUCGUUCGCCGUCCGGGAGGAGAGCGGCCAUACCCUCAAGUCCUCACUUUCGCACUCGAUGGUCAUCGACACCAGAAACUCCUCCAUUCUCCCCCGAAGAGGAGGCCUGAUGAAGAUCCAUCAGGAGCUCGCUGGUUACACCGGGGGAGACGCCAGCUUCCUGAAGGAGGACUUUGAGAUCCAGCUCAAUAAAACUCUCUUCUGGGACUCGGUCCUUUCUGCCUCGUUGUGGGGCGGUUUGCUCCUUCCCAUCGGCGACAAGCCAACAAACAUAGCCGACAGGUUCUAUCUCGGGGGCCCCACCAGCAUCAGGGGCUUCAGUAUGUACAGUAUGGGCCCGCAGAGUGAAGAUAUGGCAGGCGACUACCUGGGAGGAGAGGGCUACUGGGCCGGGGGCCUCCACCUCUACACCCCUCUCCCCUUCAGACCGGGCAAAGGGGGCUUCGGGGACCUCUUCAGGAUGCACUUCUUCCUCAAUGCCGGAAACCUUUGUAACCUCAACUACGGCGAGGGGCCGGGAGCACAUUUAAAGAAACUCGCAGAAUGCAUCCGCUGGUCGUACGGACUCGGGAUCGUGCUGCGUUUGGGGAACAUCGCCCGACUGGAACUGAACUACUGCAUUCCGAUGGGAGUCCAGAGUGGAGACAGGAUAUGCGACGGGUUCCAGCUUGGAGCAGGAAUCCGGUUCCUGUGAAACCACUUUUGUUGGAUCUGGAACGUCUUUGUGUUUCAACAUUUAAUUUUAUUGUAAGAGGAAAUCGCUUGUACAGAAUUGUUGUUGCCACUAAUUAGUUCAGUAAAAGUGUUUGCAGUUACUGAUUUAUUUAUUUGUUAUUAUUACCAGAAGUCAAAUAAAGGGCUCUUAGUCAGAUGUUACUCACCUGGA